UGGACACAGUUAAGUUUAGUCGUAUGCUUCGAUUUAACAUAAAACAAAAAAAAACAAGAAAAAAUCCAAACAAACAUCUUUUUACUGAACGAUACAUGUUAUGUAGAUGUAGAAUAUUAAAAAGUUAAUUAGGUUUAUUCAAAUAUGGCAAUAACUGCAUUGAAAUUUAAGUGUAAAUUAGCUCCUCCUGGAAGUAUUAAUUAUGUUGUCAACGACUUAGAACAGUCAUGCUCCACUAAAUAGCAAUUAGAUGGAAAUUCUCGAAGAUCAUCGUGUUCAAAGGUAGAUUGAGAGAGAAAGAAAGAGAGAGAGAGAGGAGAAAAUAAAUAAGAAAUCGAUGAGAGGGGAUGUCACAGCCCGAGGCGUUGUGAGGGUUUAUUUAGCUUGGGUCUGUUAAGGCCCCCCUUUGUACAAAAGCGAGGAAAUUCAGUGAAAGAGGUAGCAGUGACAGUAGUUUCGGGGUACAGUGGCGUAGUCCGUUGGUCAGUAACCUUGAGAAAUACACAAAAGAUGUUUAUUCCUUCUAUAGUCUUUUUUGGAGGUAAUUAAAUUUUACGUGCAAGUCGUAAGAUGCUUACAAACAGUUUAAGAUGGUAAAGACUUGGGCAUAUUUAUUGCAGAUGUUUUUGGAAUAGGAAAGUUCAUAUUUCAUUUUUAUAAUAGAGAAAAAAAGGAAGUGAAAGUAGCGAAAAAAUUAAUUUAGAAGAUGGAAGAUCUGAGAAGAGAAGAAAGAAUGUUAAGUUUGUUGGAGAUCUAAGUCUUAUCGUAUUUCAUGCUACGUCACUGUUAGGCCCCCGUGACACACAUCAAUGGUAGCGAAACUAACGUGCUGAUAAACUGUCAUCAUUGGAAUCGAUUGUCGGCAGUGGAUCUAAGUCGCGGGACCGCGACGUCGAUUGUGUCAGGUCCUCGUUUAAAACAAACCAAUUAAGAAAAAAAAAAACAAGCAAAAAAUAAAAUUAAUAAAUAAAACGUCCAACGACGUGUCCUAAACUUCGCGAGUUAUGAAAUUAAUCGCGUUUCUUCUCCUUCAGGUGAUCAGAGUGCAGCUAGUGAGAUGUCAAGGAAAUGGUGGUGGUGGUCCAAGUACUUUCGGAUACGAUGCAUCAUCAGCAUGCAGCAAACCAUAUUCGCGUGCCGGACGCACGAGACUCGUUAAUCUUCCAUGUGACUUUCGCCGGCAGAGUUGGUGCACAGUCGCUGGUAGCUCCUAUCCCUGGCAUGCCGUGCGUCGUUUCGUACAGGAGAAUCAAGGCUUAAUGAGACGUAUGUAUGGCGAUGAAAAACAUAUAAACGUUUUGAAAGCAGAAUUUGAGAAGAAUGACAUAGAAUUAAAGUAUGAUGAUUAUUAUCAUCAUUUCUCCGAUGACUCCAGGGGAUAUCAAUACGAGGACGAGUUCGAUUCGAUGGAAGACGAAGAGAGGAUUCUAAGAGCCGAUGACGAAGAAUAUGGGGGUCGUGGUUUCACCAGUAGGUCUUUCAACGAUCCUACCACCAAGAGAUUUGGUAAAUUUCCUAAAUUGAACGAAUAUACCAGAUUGAGAGCGACCGAGAGUUCCUCCACUAGUACUACAACGAUGGCAACUUCUUCAGCAACUAGUACAACAACGUCAUCGACUACGAUAGCGUCUUCCAAGGCAUCUUCAACCACAACGGUAGCUUCGACUAUGGUUGCCUCAACAACAGUUUCAUCAGCAAGCAUUGAUGUUACUACAAAAGAGAUCGAUAAUAUUCAAUCCUCGUCUACAACGACACCUAAAAGAGUAGAAAACCAAGACGAAGAGAAGAACGAAACAAUCGCACACACGCAGAUUGUUCGCGAGCAGAAUUUAAGCAUCAAUGAAAUAUCUGGACAAGUUGAUAGAAUAGACGAGAAGGUUGAUGAAAAAGUUGAGGACAAGUUAGAAGAGCCAACGGAACAAACGGAAGUACCGGAAUUGAAUAUCGAAGAUGACUCGAAUGUCGACAGUUUGGAUGCACCAACUUCGUCAACGGUUUUUACUGAAGAUUCCUUCGACGUAGGCAAAGAAACAACUAUUCACGAGACCUUCGUUAAUGACGAUCAACAGCAAUUCAGACCGCGUCCAGAAUAUAGGCCGUCGACGAGGCCAGCAACGGUUAAUAUGGAAGGUCAGCUUUAUCAGGACGUUGCUGGAAAGGAUCAACAACAGGAACAACCUGUUCUCAAACUCCGUGGAGUAAACGCUUGUCCUGUUAAGGAAGAAGUAGUUGCACCUUUUUGGGCCAACAACACCAGAGGCGAGGUACUUGCUCUGCUCAAUCUUUAUCCUUUCGAACAAUACGUUCAUUGGGAGAAGUGCACACACGAAAACAAACAGAUGUACUGUAGAGAUGGAUGCAGAUGCGAACAACAAUACAGACUUCAUAGACUCUUAGCUUACGAUCCUAAUAACGAGUGUCGUGGCAUAUUUAGCGAUUGGUUUAAGUUUCCAAGUUGCUGUGUUUGUCGCUGUUACGACUUGCCACUCGAAUUUCGGGUUACAUCUCGAUCGCCUCGUACCCAAAAACAAAGGCUGAGAGUCUUGCCACCACGUUCGAAAUUUUCGUAAUGUUAAAUGAUAGAAAAUAUACAGAGUGAAUCACGAACAUAAGUAUACUUAGUGAGGUCUAGAUAUUACAUAUUGUUUAGCUUCAAUACAGAUUAUCACAAGUAAUAAAACGUACAAGACUGUCGCAAUAAGAAAGAUAAGAACAAGUGAAGCAGUUUGUUUUGUAAGAAGAGAGAGUUUACAUGAUGUUACACAUUGUAUAUAUACUAAGUUAUUAUUAAUAACACACAAAUCUAUAUAUAUAUAUAUAUAUAUACACCAAUAAAA